GCUCCGCCGGGUGCACCUUAUCAGGUGCGACCAAGUGCACAUCAAAACGGCAAAGAAGCCGAAGAAAAGGAUGCUCAGCGCGCGUCCCGGGAUGCUGUCUGUCCCCGCAUCCGCCGCCACGGCGUGAUGGAUCCCAUCGGCCCCAAGCGCCGGUGCCCCUCCGCCGCCGAUUGCUAUCCUAGGGUUUCGCCCCAGCCCCGGAAGAUGGAUCGCGUCCUCGAGGCACUGCUCGCCCUCCCGGACCCCUCCGUCGCCUUCGAGCUCUCGCUAGAGGGCCUUCUCGAGUCGAGUCUCCUGGAAGCGGAGAAGGAUAGGCUGGUCGAGAGCGCGAUUGAGGCUGCAUCAGCCAUCCUCGAGGCUGCCAAGAGAUCCGCCCGGCGGCGCGCGUCCAAGCACAACUCCUCGUCCUGGCCCCUUUCCUCCGAUCUCACCAUCAGAGUGUUCUCUAAGUUGGAUACACAAAGUCUUUGUUAUGCUGCAGCUACUUGUUCAAUGUUCAACAAGUGUGCAACAGAUCCAAUGUGCUAUGUGAAUAUUGACUUAACAGCUGAAAUGCCGAAGGUUAAUAACACAGUUGUCUCUACAAUGAUACAACGAGCAGGAAAAAACCUUCAAUCACUCAAGCUUGGGAUUUGGCCUAACGCAGCUUCAACAACAGAACUUUCUAGACCUAUGUCCUAUUCCACUAGAAAUCCCAUGGAUACAUCAGGCCUUUCAUGGACUCAAAAGAGACCAAGGCAAGGCAAGGAGACCUCUCUUCUUACAAGGUCUUGCCUUCUGGCUCUAAGUGUGGAUGGUGGUGCUGCAGGGAAUUUCUUGAGGAGUCUGCACCUGUAUAACAUUGAUAAAAUGGACAAUUUUGCACUUUGCAAAGCUUUAUCUUCCUGUCCAUUUCUACUUGACCUUGAAGUUGUUGGCCUCCAUGUUGAACCCAAGCGAAUGUUGGAUGCUGUCAGCAUGAAUUGCCACACUAUAGAGCGUUUGUUCUUCGAGUCCUCUGAUACUGGCAGAGAUUAUAGUUUGAACACCCCAACUUGCACUGGUCUGGUACAUGGCUGUCCAAAUCUAAUGUCGCUUGCUCUAAGGGGGUUUAAGCUACAUGAUCACAAAGUCAGUAUACUGAUCAAGGGACUUCGCCACCUUAAGUUUGUUGAUUUUUCAACAUGUUAUUCAAUUACAGGGACCUUCUUGAGGAACCUUGGCAGUGACAUGAAUGCUCACAUGCUGGAGGUCUUGAUCUUAUGCGACUGUUUGCAUCUUAAAGAAGUUGAAGUGUCACAUUUUUUAUCAGCCCUGCUUGCUGGUGACUUCAAGCUCCUCAGAUAUUUGGAUAUUUCAAACAAAGAUGGCCUCUCUGCUGACAAUGACUGGAACUAUAGAUGCUAUAAUCCAUGUGCACUGCUGAUAUCAGAUUUUAUGAAACAAAGACCUGAAGUCUGUUUGCUAGCCAAAUUUCCAGGAGGGAGCUUGGUUGAUGCCAAUCUCCUCAGUGACGGUCAAACAAGCUGUGGGAUGGGCUUGACAGUGAUGCAUAAUGUCGCAUUUGAUCCAUAUUGGACAAAUAUAUCUGAAAACAGCUACAGCAGUGAUCAGGGCAGCGGGAAUGGAGGAGAUUCCCCUUAUCCAAUACCAUUUUAUGAUGCUGAUAGCUUCUAUGAGUUGGAGUUCCCAUGGGAGAUUGAUUAAGAAAACUCGAUGCAUCAUCAACCAUCUGGAGAGGUGCGCCAAUACAUUCAUGGAGAACGAUUGACAAUGGGGAUCGAAGGCAGUCACUGCAUGUAAAUCUAGGCAGUCCGUAUCAUUGUCCUUUUAUUCUGUAUGUAAUUUGUUAUUGCUGGCAAUAAUCCGUGUGCAUACCCAAAGAAUUCAAGCUUGCGGAAACCAAAUACGAGCUUCAAAAACACAAUGGUAUAAUGAUGAUAGUAUUGUUAUUA